AAAAAACUAAUAUUAGAGGUGUCUGAAAAAAUUUCAUUGCGUUAAUUUUCUUACAUACUUUCGGUAUCAAAAAUAACUGAAUACUUACUCUAGGGGAAUUAGUUUUAUUGAAUUGGUCAAACUGUGUUUAUCUAUAUAUUACUAACUCAGUUCAGUUCCGCUUAGUUUAGAUGUAAAAAUGGCCGAAUAAAAGUUAUAGUCAAAAUGGUUAUACCAGGAUUAGAUACGAUGGAGCCUUUAUCGAAUGAAUUGGUGAAAACACCUGAUUUGGCACAGUGUUGUGGUAGUGAAGAUGAUGUCGAUUUUUCAAGAUAUCCUAGUCCUAUUGAUAACGAGAAUUCACCUACGGCUGCUUCAGAACGUGUUCGUCAAAAUUUCCGCGCUAGAACCUGGCAGAUUUGUUUUCGGGAAAUAGUUCCUACUAAAAUGAUUUUGACCAACUCGGGGCCGCUAAACAGCGGCCCUAAUGUCCCACCAACCCCGGAAUUUCUGUCUAAUGAUGAGACCAAAACUGAAUCCACCUUAUUAUCAGAUAGUUCCGAUUCUAGUAGUUCGUGUGAAAUUAUAUUCAACGAUUCUACAGAAUUGAACAACGAGGAAGGUAACUCAGAAUUUGAUAUUUAUGGCAGCGACGAUAAUGAUGACAAUGAUACAGAAACAUCAGAUGAUGACAGUGAAGAAAACGACAGUUGUAGUAGUAGUAGUAGUAGUAGUGAGAAUGAGAGUGACAGUGAGAGUGAAGAUGACUCAAUUGAAAACACAAAUGAAUGCAAUUGUCGUAGGAGAACGACGAAAAAGGUGACAUUUGACCUUUCGCCUGUUGUACAUACUAUGUUUAAGUGGGACUAUGCAUAUCGUGCUGCCAGGAAAGGCCCAUGGGAAGAAAUGGCCAGAGAUAGAUGUAGAUUUAAUGGACGUAUUAAUAAUUGUCAUCUUAUACUUAGUCCUGUUUUACAAGAUGAUCAUCGGGUUCGUGUAUGGACAGAACGAUUCUCUUAGGUCAAACAAUUAUUUAUUCUUCAAUAUCUACAUUAACAAAAUUUGCCAUCAAGGUUGUUGAGGUAAUUAACAAACAUGAUGAAUAUUUUCAUAUCAAAAAUAAUGUACUUUGAACAGUUUACAUAGAAAAUAAGAGAAAACUGUGAAUGUUAAUAACAGGGAUUUCUCAAUAGUAUCUAUAUUUUGAUAACAAAUAUUUACGAUAAUAGUAUUCAAGAUAUUAAUAUUAAAUUUUGAUAAACAAAUGAUACUUUACAAUAGUUUUAAUAAUACAUCUUAAUUUCAAAUUAAUAUCAAAUUUUGAUAAAUAAAUAAUACUUUACAAUAGUCUUAAUGACCCAUCUUAAUGAUAAUAAUAUCAAAUUUUGAUAAGCAAAUUACACAUUACAAUGGUCAAUGCAUUCAUCUAAAUAAGAAACUAUGGAAAUUGAAGUAAAGAAAUUAUUUGAUGCACACAAUGCAUAAGCUUUUGCAUAAUACUUUGCAUAAGAUACCUGUUGCAAUUUUGAAUUCAAAUAAGAAUCCCUGUAUUACUUCACAGCUUUAGAUUUUUGGUUCAAAAAAGAUAAUAUUUUAGCUAGAAUUUAUGCGUGAUUUUAAUAACAAUUUAAUAAACAUAAAAAAAAGUAUAGUACUAUUUUAUUGAACAAAGGUUAAAUGAGAUACUUUAACAAAGCGUUUUUAGAACACGCUCCUUUUAAGAAAGUUAAUACUUUACUGUUUAUUAUGAUUAUUCUUUUAUAUUUAUUUCUUUUUAAUUUUCUCAUAUUAAAUUUCAUUCAAUUAAUGUUUAAAUAUAAUGAUUUUUCAAGUAAUAAUGACAAACAUGAAUAUGAAACAUAACAAUGACUUUUUUAAAGAUUCAACAAACGCAUUUCUGAAAGUUCAGCAACCUUGAGAAAAAAAAGAUAUUGAAGAUUUGUAAAAUUGUUUUAAAUAAAUUCAAAAUGAAAACUCACGAAUAAAAAGCACUGCAUACAUAGUGGUUUAUUUCAAUGGGAAUAACACUAAAUUGUUGAAUAAAUCAAUAGAUAAAAGAAAAGAUCUUUAAAAAUGACUUCGAAGAAUAUUCUUCUACAAUUAUCCAUGCAAAAACAUUAUGUUAUAAAUCGUUCCGACAAUAUACUUUACGUUGAUAAAAAAAAAUAACAAAUCAGAAAUAUAUGUUCUCAUUGAAAUAUUCCAUACUGUAUAUUCCAUCUGUAAUCAUAUCCAUAUUUAUCAAAAUGAAAUGCAAAAUCCUAGAUAUUCAGUAUAAUCUGCUAUAGUUUUGUUUAAGACAUUUUAUGUACUGUACAUAACAUUAAAUUAUUAGGCAACAAUUAUUUUAAGUUCUACCAUAUUCAUCAAAUGUAUAUAAUGUAUAACAGAUUUUUUUAAUAUGACACAGUACUAACAUUACGAUUCUUACGCUCAUCGUAUAAAUAUGUGUAUAUGUGAGAUGCGUGAGUUCAAUAAAUUAGUUAAUGAGAGAGCAGUAAAUAACAUACGCGUGACCUGAAAAUAAAAUUAAAAAAAAAAAAAAUAAAAAUAAAAAUAGGAAUGCUAAAAUCUAAGAUAAGUAAAUAAUCUAUGCGAAAUACGUAGUUAGAAAAUUGUCACUCUAUUCAUUUUUUAUUAUUGUCAAUAAUUGACAAAUCAAAAAUCACUAUUUGUAUAUGCUCUUCACAUUCCCAAAGAAUACUUCUUCAUUAGAAAAAUUAAUUAUUGUAUUUAAUUGCAUAGAUUAAAGUCUGGUGUUGUCUUUGUUAAUGACAAUGUUAUGUCGUUGUUUAAUAAUGGUAUUUAAAAUGUUAAAUAUAAAACAAAACUAAAAGAAAAGAAC